AUGGGCGAAUUCAGCCCCAGUUUCCGUCGGGAGAAGAGGAAAGCAGAGGACGAGUACCUCGAUAACAGCGAUAUUAAGAAGGCCAAAUUGGAGACGAAGGCACUUAAGGCAAAGAGACCCGGAUUCUCAGAGGAACGUUACAACGAAACUUCAUAUUACAUAGAGAACGGUUUGAGGAAGGUGUAUCCUUACUAUUUCACAUUCACAACAUUUACCAAAGGACGUUGGGUUGGAGAAAAGAUCCUCGACGUCUUUGCCAAGGAGUUUCGGGCACACCCAGCAGAGGAGUAUGAGCGGUGCAUCAAAAGUGGCACCCUGACCGUGAACUACGAGAAGGUGGACACAGACUACCGCCUGAAGCACAACGACCUUCUUGCCAACAUAGUCCACAGGCAUGAGGUACCUGUGACGGCUGAGCAAAUCCCCAUCGUACACGUGGACGAAGACCUUGUUGUGGUGGACAAGCCUGCCUCUAUUCCUGUCCACCCGUGCGGCCGCUAUCGACACAACACUGUCGUCUUCAUCCUGGCCAAGGAGUACAAUCUCAAGAACCUCAGAACCAUCCACCGCCUCGAUAGACUCACGAGCGGCCUUUUGCUGUUUGGACGAACACCUAAAAAGGCCCGUGAAAUGGAACAGCAGAUACGAACCCGACAAGUGACAAAGGAGUAUGUGUGUCGGGUAGAAGGAGAAUUCCCCAGGGAACACAUUGAAUGCAACGAACCUAUUGAGGUUGUGAGUUACAAGAUUGGAGUCUGUAAAGUCUCCCCAACUGGAAAAGAGUGCCGCACAGAGUUCCAGCGUCUAUCAUAUAAUGGGAAAACAUCUGUAGUAUUAUGCCGACCUCACACAGGUCGCAUGCAUCAGAUUCGAGUCCAUCUCCAAUACUUAGGCUUCCCAAUUGUAAAUGAUCCCCUCUACAACCACAUGGUGUUUGGACCGAAAAAAGGAAAAGGUGGUAUUGUGGGAAAAACAGAUGAACAACUAAUUCAAGACCUAAUAAAAAUUCACAAUGCAGAAAACUGGUUAGGAAUGGAUGGGGAUGCAGAAUACUCAAUGUUCAAGGGUCGUGACAAGACUGACAAUGAUGAAGAAGGAGGCUCACAACGCAAUACCCCAAGUCCUAAAGAAAAAUCACCUGUUGGAAUUGAUGCACCCCGUGUCACCUCACCACCAGCCCUGAUUGCAUCAACGGGCUAUUCAUCCCUGAAGCCUGUCAUUACCCAUACCCCAGAAAUUCAGUCAUCUAUGAUUGGAGCAGAAAUGUUAGCUCCAAAGACCUUAAAUGGUUGCAACAGUGGGUUGGUUGGAAAUGACUCUACUAAUGUUGUAUCUGCAGGUACACAAACAAGUGAAGGAGCAAGAGAUUAUAGUUACCAAGCUCGCCUUAUGACGGUUGAUGAACAUUGUUACGAAUGUAAAGUGAGGUAUCGUGAUCCAAAACCCAAAGAUUUGGUUAUGUAUCUACAUGCUCUUAAAUAUUGUGUAAGUAUACUCUUUGUUUGUAUAUAGAAAGUUACUGCUUGC